UCCUACGUGCGCCUCCGCCGGCUGCUCCUGACUCAUCGGGGGCUCCGGGUCACAUGCGCCCGCCCGGCCCUAUUGGCGCCUCCCCCCGUCCGCCCCCCGCCCGCCGCCCGGGAGCCGCAGCCGCCGCCGCCACUCCCGCUCUCUCUGUGCCAUCACCGCCGCCGUCGCCAGCGCCACCACCACAGGCUGGGUCUGCAACUCUGAGGAGAUCCCAGCCAUCAUGUCCAUAGAGAAGAUCUGGGCCCGGGAGAUCCUGGACUCCCGUGGGAAUCCCACAGUGGAGGUGGAUCUCUACACUGCCAAAGGUCUCUUCCGGGCUGCGGUGCCCAGCGGAGCCUCCACUGGUAUCUAUGAGGCCCUGGAGCUAAGGGAUGGUGACAAACAGCGAUACUUAGGCAAAGGUGUCCUGAAGGCAGUGGACCACAUCAACACCACCAUCGCCCCAGCCCUCGUCAGCUCAGGCCUCUCUGUGGUGGAACAAGAGAAGCUGGACAACCUGAUGUUGGACUUGGAUGGGACUGAGAACAAGUCCAAGUUUGGGGCCAAUGCCAUCCUGGGUGUGUCCUUGGCUGUGUGUAAGGCAGGGGCGGCUGAGCGGGACUUGCCCCUCUAUCGCCACAUCGCUCAGCUGGCAGGGAACUCAGACCUCAUCCUGCCUGUGCCGGCCUUCAAUGUGAUCAACGGUGGCUCUCAUGCUGGGAACAAGCUGGCCAUGCAGGAGUUCAUGAUUCUCCCGGUGGGCGCUGAGAGCUUCCGGGAUGCCAUGCGCCUCGGGGCAGAGGUCUACCACACGCUCAAGGGUGUCAUCAAGGACAAGUAUGGCAAGGAUGCCACCAACGUGGGAGACGAAGGCGGCUUUGCCCCCAAUAUCCUGGAGAAUAGUGAAGCCCUGGAGCUGGUGAAGGAAGCCAUUGACAAGGCUGGCUACACGGAAAAGAUUGUCAUUGGCAUGGAUGUCGCUGCCUCGGAGUUUUAUCGUGAUGGCAAAUACGACUUGGACUUCAAGUCUCCUGCCGAUCCUUCCCGAUACAUCACUGGGGACCAGCUGGGGGCCCUCUACCAGGACUUUGUCAGGGACUAUCCCGUGGUCUCCAUCGAGGAUCCCUUUGACCAAGACGAUUGGGCUGCCUGGUCAAAGUUCACAGCCAACGUGGGGAUCCAGAUCGUGGGUGAUGACCUGACAGUGACCAACCCAAAGCGGAUCGAGCGGGCGGUGGAGGAGAAGGCCUGCAACUGUCUCCUGCUGAAGGUCAACCAGAUCGGCUCAGUCAGUGAAGCCAUCCAAGCGUGCAAGCUGGCCCAGGAGAACGGCUGGGGGGUCAUGGUGAGUCACCGCUCGGGAGAGACUGAGGACACGUUCAUCGCGGACCUGGUGGUGGGGCUGUGCACGGGCCAGAUCAAGACUGGUGCCCCGUGCCGUUCUGAACGUCUGGCUAAGUACAACCAGCUCAUGAGAAUUGAAGAAGAGCUGGGGGAUGAAGCUCGCUUCGCAGGACAUAAUUUCCGCAACCCCAGCGUGCUGUGAUCCCUCCACCUGCCUGGAGACUUGGAACCCCUUGCCCAUCCUCCUGGAGCCUCUUCCUUCCUGUCCUGCUUGAAAUUUCACCCCAGACACCCCGGUGGACCCCAUGCGCUGCUCCUUGGCUCGUCCAGCACCUGCUGUCUCCCCUCUCCCCGUCUCUGGGUUCCGCACUGUCCACUCCUCCCUUUCUCCUCUCCCUCCUUAAAAACUGGCCAUGGACCGAGGAUUGUAAGGCACCCACAGAAGACUGAUCAGGGUCGGUGACGGAGUAGCAGGGCUGGUUAGAGAGGGGCCCCGUGUCGCUUGUGCUUUUUGUGCUGGAUCCUGCGUUUCCAUGCCCAGGAGGCAGGAGCUGUGCAGUGCAGAGUGGUGGGGCUGGCCUGAGGCUCUAGUGUAUUAUUUAUUCAUUUAUUUAUUUUGCAUUCGUCCUGUUAACUCAUCCCUUCACCCUAACUCCAGGGCCAGAAACUGGCCUGACUGGAGGGGACCAUGUGUCUGUAUUUCAUGUGACCACAGAUGCAGCGAUAGCCUGGGGUGGGAGUCUUGCUGGAACGGCAAGGGUGGCAGAAAGGGGACUUGCUGACAGUUCCUGUGUGUGUGCCAAGCCUUAACUGCAGCCUGGCUCGGUCCAGAGGUGGGGCUGCGUGCCUGGGGGCUCUUCCCCUGUCCCUCUCUUCCCAGCCCUAGCCUCCCUGCCCUUCCUCCAGCUGCACCUGAGCACUUCUGACUCCCCCGUGCCAUGUUCCACAGCUGCCAGCAUCUCUGUGGCAUUGAAAUGUGCACCACCAUUAAAGUCUGAGUCACCGUG